AUGGCGACCACCGCUAUGUCUCGCACUAGCUCCUCGGACAUUCACGAGCCCAACCCCACCACAAAGACCGCGGAUGAGAAGCUCGUGGAUGCUCAUCGUCCUGAGAAGUCCCUGGUCUCCGAAUCAUACCAUCUCCAGCUAGGUGACGAAGAUCCCACCGACGAUGAGCUCAGCGGCCCCGGUGCGCUGCGUCGUGUCUCAGCCCCAAUUCCCUGGGCUGUCUACACCGUCGCCUUUGUCGAGCUGUGCGAGCGUUUUUCGUACUACGGAACCCAAGUCUUGUACUCCAACUUUGUGAACCACUCCCUGCCUCAGAUCAACGGCCCACCCGGCUCCAACCACUACACCGGUGCCGGUGGUGGUACGGACCAGGGUGUGUCCGGUGCCCUCGGCCGGGGUGUCGAGACUGCUAACGGUAUCAACACGUUCAACACCUUCUGGUGCUACAUCAUUCCUCUGUUCAGUGCCUACAUGGCUGACGAGCACUGGGGUCGAUACAAGACCAUUUGCAUCUCCAUCGGCGUUGCCAUUCUGGGACACAUCAUCCUGGUCCUGUCGGCCAUUCCCCCCAUCAUCACGAACGACACUGCUUGCUUCGCCGUCUUCAUGCUGGGUGUGAUCAUCAUGGGUCUCGGUACCGGUGGUUUCAAGCCUAACAUUUCCGCCCUGGUUGUCGAGCAGAUUCCCGCUGUGAAUCUCAAGGUCCGCACUCUGCCCACCGGCGAGCGCGUCAUCGUCGACCCGACCAUCACCCAGAGCCGGAUCUACCACUACUUCUACCUCUUCAUCAACAUCGGUGCCCUGGUCGGUCAAAUUGGCAUGGCCUAUGCCGAGAAGUACGUGGGCUUCUGGUUGGCUUACCUCCUGCCCACCAUCAUGUUCUUGACCACUCCCUUCAUCAUGAUCUGGGGUCGCAAGCGUUACCGCCAAUCGCCUCCCCAGGGUUCCGUCGUCUCCAAGGCUGCCCGUGUCUUCAUCUUCGUGCUCAAGGACCGCUGGCACUGGAACCCCGUCAAGUUCUGGAAGCGCACCCACGAUGGCACUCUCUGGGAGGCGGCCAAGCCCUCCAACAUUGCCCCCGGUUCUCGCCCUGCUUGGAUGACCUUUGACGAUGCCUGGGUGGAUGAAGUCCGCCGUGGUUUCGCUGCCUGCGCGGUCUUCUGUUACUACCCUCUGUACUGGCUCGCUUACAACCAGUUGACCAACAACUUGACCGCCCAGGCCAGUACCAUGACUCUCAAUGGUGUGCCCAACGACGUGAUCAACAACCUGGACCCCUUCGCGCUGAUCAUCUUCAUUCCCCUCUGCGACACCUUCUUGUACCCCGGUCUGCGCCGUAUGGGCUUCCGUUUCACCGCUCUCAAGAAGAUCACCGUCGGUUUCUGGCUGGCUGCAUUGGCCAUGGUCUGGUCCGCGGUUAUCCAGUACUACAUCUACAAGGACUCCCCUUGCGGUAACAACGCCAACAGCUGUGAGACCGAGAACGGUGCCAUCAUCCCGGCCCCCAUCAAUGUCUGGGCGCAGACCGGCGCGUACGUGCUCAUCGCCCUGUCGGAGAUCUUCGCCUCCAUUACUUCCCUCGAGUACGCCUACUCCAAGGCGCCUCGCAACAUGCGAUCUCUCAUCCAGGCUAUUUCUCUCUUCACCAACGCCAUCUCCGCCGCUAUCGCUGAGGCCCUGAACCCGCUUUCCAGCGACCCUCUGUUGAUCUGGAACUACGGUGUGUUCGCGGUCAUUGCCGCUGUCGGUGGUUGCCUGUUCAUCCUCCAAUUCCGGGACCUGGACAAGGAGGAAGAUGCUCUGAACAACCUGCCCGAGGGUCGUGUCGUUGCCGACGAGAAGCCCAACCCGGGUGCUCUGGUGGCGGCCGAGGUUGGCCCCGUCCGGGGUUAG